AUGGCUAGUUCGUCACAACAAAAAUCCUCCACCACAAAAAAACAAGUCCCUGCGAAAGCCGAUACCGAACCCGCUAUUGCCACUAGACAGAGUCUGAGCUACCACACUAUACAGACGUUCCCAGAGAACUCAUACGCAUUCAUUAAUCUGCCCAAGGACCAGGCAGAUAAAUUGAAGAAAAGACUCAACGGAUCUGUUUUUCGCGGUGUAAAGGUCCGCGUAGAAGAGGCUAGACCCGAAACUUGGGCGACGCAUCCCGAGCCAGAAGGAAACAUGGAGGACGUCGAAAGCGCAAAGAGCGCAAGAAAGGAGGAGAAGAAAGAGAAGAGGAAGAGAAGUAAGGCUGAAGGUGAACCAAAAGUAAAGAAAAGAAAGAAGGGCGAAGAUGGCAUCCUCCAAGGAAUAGAACUCCCCGAAGGAAGGAAGGUACAACGUGGUUGGACAAAACCCGCUGUGCCUACAGGCGUCUCUGCAAAGUAUGCUGGCAGAGCAUCUUCGUCUGCAAAGAAGAUAGAGGACGAGUCUAAGCGCGAAUGUCUCUUCAAGACACCCCUCCCUCCCAACAAAGCCACGCCCAAAGACAAGCAAAAAAAGGAUAAGGAGGAGAAGAAAGAUAAGAAAAAACGUAAGAGAGAGGUGGUCAUCAAAGAGUUCAAGAACAACACCAAAUUCCCCCAAUUUUUGAGGGCUAGCCAGCUCGAUAAAGACCAGGCCGCCGAGAAAAUGGCGAGCGAGUAUGUCGAAGGGGUCGGCUGGGUAAACGCGAAGGGCGAUGUGGUAGAGGAAGAGAAGGUUAAGAAGAGAGCAGAUGGAAUCAUGCAAACAGAAGUCCAGGUACUGGAACCUGCAGAUGCGCCAAAGGGCGUGGAUGUCACAGAUGCAUCGGAAAGUGACGAUGACGAGGUCAUGGUUGAUGCAGCCACCAUGGUUCCUACUGAAGCCAAGGUGGGUGGCGAGGAUGAUUCCAGCUCGGAAUCUGAAUCAGAACCUCAAAUUCCUGGAAAGAAAUCUCAAACCACCACUACCUCGAAGUCCGACUCUUCGUCAUCUGAAUCUUCAAGGUCCGGAUCUAAUGAAGAGGAAGCCACUGAAAAGACAUCACCUAUCACCCCAGUCACCCCCGUCUCGCCAACCAAACCACUCCGGUCCUCUUCUACCACCUCACCCAAAACUACGGCCCCGGCCCUGCAAAUCACCAUUCCUACUGUCACAAACCCCCCAUCCAGGCAGUCCAUCCACUUGAAGCUCUCUACAAACCCACCACUAAAAAUACCACCUUACUCCAAGUCGGCGUUGCCCCAUCCCCCGCUUCCGCAACUACUGAAAGUUCUGCUUUUAAGUUCGGCUUUGGCGCCGACUACGAUUCGGACGAAGAGGAGGGACCAGUUAUCCAGGCCCCCUUCCGUGAUCGCUACCGCUCCGCCGCGCCCACGCCAGACACGGCAAUUGGACAUCGCAAAUUCUUCCCAGAUGAAGAUGAUGGUGUGGGUCAUGGGGGAAAGCUUGGGUUCGUCCCGUCUACCCCGAGGAUUAUCGGAGGUUUCCCUGGUGGACAAGAUCUGCUCUCGGUUUUUAGGCGCGUUGAGUGUGUGGUCAAAGAUACCAACCCCAAAGAUACUUACCGAGGCCGAGGAAGAGCUGGUCGAGGAAGUGCCGGUCGAGGAAGAGGGCGAAGGACAGCCCAAAAAGAAAGAUAGGAAAAAGAAGGCCAAGGCAGUAGAGGAGAUUGAAGAGGCGGCACCAGGGGAUAAAACAAUGGCGGACGUCUGGAGCGAGAAGUUUUAUGAGAACAGGGGAGAAUGGAAUCGUGCGUGGAAGCAACGGAGAAGAGAGUCGAUAAAGCAAAAGAAGAAGAAGGAGGCCGCUGGGAACCCAAGUGUAAAGAGGAUUACUGCGUAA